AUGGACUUCGCAGAUAAUUAUCCCAGACACGCGGAGUCCUACGACGCCGUCUACAACCAACCCCAUGAAGCCAAGCUCAGUCACGAAGUCCUUGGAGGAGCUGCGGCAUUCGCUGCAAUGAGGGCAUAUGAGCAGCGUCAAGCUUCUGAAGGGCGGCCACCACAGCACCAAUUCGCGAAGGAAAUCCUGGCAGGCAUUGUUGGCGGCGAGGUGGACAAGCUGGUGGAGACCAAGGGCAUGGACGAAAUGGAUGCCAUGAGAACCAAGCACCAUGCGCAGAAGGAGGCUGAGAACAUGUUCAAUGAGACCUACGGCCGCCAGUACCCUGAGGGGCCGACCGGUGGCGCCCCCUAUGGGGGCCCACCGCAGUUCGGGGGACCUCAGUAUGGUGGUGGUGGUGCACCCUACGGAGUCCAGCAGUAUGGAGGAGCUCCAUACGGUGACCAGGGAUAUGGCGGCGGGCAGGCAGUAGGACAGCAGUAUGAAGGAGGAUACCGCCAAUACUAG